CUAAUGGGGCGCCAGGGAAAGGGAGCCGCCAUACCAUAAACCCUCGAAGCUGAGGUUUAUCAAUUCGCAUUAGGGUUAUUUCGUAAUCGCGAGAUGGCGGCGAUGAGUUCCGUUCGUAAUCGCGAGAUGGCGGCGAUGAGUUCCGACAACCGCAGCGUCGUCUUCAUCGACACAAACCUCGACACUCACUUGGCCCUCACCGUCUCCGAUCACGACACCGUCUCCGACUUCAAAAAGAGAAUCGUGUUAGAGCAUCCUUUAUGUUUUCCCAAAAUCGGACAGAUACAGAUUAACGGGAUUAAGGUUAAGCGCAAUGGUCACUUUUAUCACUUAUCGGAUUCGAUGAUUGUGAAAAGUGCUUUUAGUGGUUACAACAAAAGCUGGUUUCUUAGUGUUGAUGUUUCUGCUUUGGAGGAUUGUAGACAGAAUGAACAGCUGUUUUCUCAUGCCUCUCUUCAUCGGGUGGAUGCAAAUAAUGCUUUUGUUCGUCCUAGUGAUAAUAAUGCGAUUAUUUUACCAUGCAAUUACCAGUUGCAAAUGUUGGAGAACAAACAGAAUGAAAGGGAAGGAGUUGCUGUUGUUAGCCCUUGUGUUUCUAAACAUAGUGCUAGUAAAGUGGAUACAAUUUUGAAGGCUGGUGUCAAUUUGUUUGGCAAUAAUGACGGAGAAGUUCCAUUGGCUGGUUCAAUCCCAAAAACUGAUGACUGUAAUCGUUUAAAUAGUGAAGAUGGGAUUGAUAAAGGAAAUAAGGUGGAUUGUAAUGUGCAUGAAGAUGAACCUUCGGUAUCUGUGCAGAGUGAGAUGAGAAAACGGAAGAAUAAAAGGAAACGAGAAGACACUGUGGAGGGCGAUAAGUCCAAAGAAGAAAUUGCUUCUGGUCACCCUCGGGUUUCAGAGGUCACUGGAAAAAAAGCUGUGAAAGAUUUGGAGAUGGUUCCAAGUUUGAAUAUUGAAUGUAAAGUGGGUGAAUCUGGUGAAGGAAAUAAGGAUGAUUGUAAUAGGGGUGAAGAUGUACCUUCAAUAACUGCGCCAAGUGCAAAGAGAAGAAAGAAGAGUAAAAAGAAAAAAGAAGAUGCUGCUGGAGGUGAUAAUUCAAAAGAAGAAACCCCUUCUGACCGUCCGCAUGUUUCAGAGCAUACUGAAAAAGAAGCGGUGAAAAAUUUGGAGGUGGUUCCAAGUUUGCAUAUUGAAUGUGAAGUAGAUGGAUUGGGUGAAGAAAAUAAGGGAGUAGUACCUUCAACAUCUGAGCCAAGUGCAAAGAAAAAGCGUAAGAGUAAAAGGAAAAACAAAGAUACUGUGGGAGGUAGUAACUCAGAAAUUAACAAUAGUGCUGUCAAUAAUCCUGUUGGUUGCCCAUCCGAAAGGGCUUCUAGUUUCAACAUUUUUCAAGUGCCACAAUCCGAGAACAAGCCGGAUGAAAAAGAAGAAAUCCCUAUUGACCACACAUGCGUUUCACCGCUCACUGAAAAAAAAGCAGUAAAAAAUUUGGAGAUGGUUCCAAAUUCACAUAUUGAAUGUGGGAUAGAUGGAUUCAAUAAAGACAUUAAGGAUGACUCUAUUGUAUGUGAGGAAGCAACUUCUAAACCCUCUCCAAGUGCAAAGAAAAAGAAGAAGAGUAAGAGUAAAAGGCAAAAAGAAGAUGAUGCGGGAGGUGAUAUCUCCAAAGAUAACAUUGCUUCUGUUGAUAAUCCUCCCAAUUGUCCAUCUGAAAGAGCAUCCAAUUUCAACAGUUUUCAGGUGCCUCAAUCAGAGAAUAAACAGGAUGAAAAAGAAGAAAUCCCUAUUGACCGCCCAUGUGUUUCACUGCCCACUGAAAAUGAAGCAGUAAAAAAUUUGGAGAUGAUUCCAAAUUCACAUAUUGAAUGUGAGGUAGAUGGGUCCAAUAGCAAGGAUGAUUCUAUUGUAUGUGAGGAAGGAACUUCUAAACCCUCUGCAAGUGCAAAGAAAAAGAAGAAGAAUAAGAGUAAAAGGCAAAAAGAAGAUGCUGCGGGAGGUGAUAUCUCCAAAGAUAACAUUGUCUCUGUUGAUAAUCCUCCUGAUUGUCCAUCUGAAAGGGCAUCCAAUUUCAACAGUUUUCAGGUGCCUCAAUCAAACAACAAACAGGAUGAAAAAGAAGAAAUCCCUUUUGACCGUCCAUGUGUUUUGCAGCUCACUGAAAAAAAAGCUGUCGAAAAUUUGAAGAUGGCUCCAAAUUCACAUAUUGAAUGUGAUGUAGAUGGGUCCAACAAAGGCAAUAAGAAUGACUCUAUUGUGUGCGAGGAUGGAACUUCUAAACCUGCACCAAGUGCUAAGAAAAAGAAGACGAAUAGAAGGAAAAAAGAAGAGACAGUGCAAGAUGAUACUCUGAAAGAAAAUGAUGCUUCUGUUGUUUUGCCAGCUCAGCAGGAUAUUGUAGUCCUAGCCAACUCUUCAGAGAAUGCAAAUAAAGAUUCCGUUGUUGUGCCAGCUCAACAGGAUAUUGUAGUCCCUGCCAACCCUUCAGAGAAUACAAAUAAAGAAGAAAUUAAGGAAACUGAUGUUUUAAAGGAGCAUCAAAACACUGCAUGCAACGAUAAUAACACUAAGAGUGACGUUAAUGUUCUGUCAAUGAAUGGGGCUUCAGAACUCAUGUCUCCUGCAAAGAAGAAGCAAAAGAAAAGGAAGAAACCUCCAACUCAUGAGUCAAAAGAUAUCAUUAUGAGCAAAACAAAUCUUGAUAAAAUGGAGAUUGAGAAGGAGGCUUGCAAAGAAAGCAUGCAGUCUACUACAAAAGAAGCUGGAAAUUAUAAGAACCAAAGUGAUAUUGAAUUGGAAGUACAGCUUUCUAAUGCAAAUGAGCCCAAGGAUCUGAUGAAGGAUAACGAGAAUGUUGUUGUUGGUCAUUGUAAUGAAAAUGAAGUUGGUCAAAUCGAUAGAGCUGCGGCAGGAGAAGUAUCAAAACAAAAUGCUGACAUGAGUGGAAUAAAGGAACCUGUAAAACCAGUGAAGGAGAAAAAGGGGAUAAAAAAAGCUACGAGUAAAGGCGGAGGACAGAUACUUAGUAAAGAUAAUGGCCGUGUGGAUGCUUCUGAGAGUGAAACUGCUGUUACCAAGUCUCUUAAAGCAACCAUUUGUGAUCCUAUGCCAGGAAACACAGAGACAAAGGAAAAUCCUCUAAAUAAAACGGAAGGGGAAGUACUGCAGCAGGAGAAAAUGCAAGGGAUUGCUCCUUCCGUGACAGAUAAGCGAAAUGAUUUUAGCACCGAAAAUAUUGAUUCCCCGGAACAAACUAAAACAAAACCUAAUGCUCAAAAUAUGGAUGAACAUGUUAGAGUUGGGAAAUUGUCUAGUCCGUCUGACAGCGGCAUGUCCUCAAUUGGUGAAUAUAGAAAACCUCCCAACAGAGCUUCUGGGAGAAGUAGGGAUUUGGAAAAGCAAAGGAAACACAUUCCUACUUCAAAUGCAAAGCUGGAAGAAGGUUUGAACAAAAUGGUUCAAAAUAAAGCAAGAAAAGCUUCUGGGAAUGAUGCGAAGAGAGUUGCGAGUAACUCUCAGCAGAAGAAGAGCUUGUUAGAUGGAGCCAUUUUCAAGGAUGACAGUGACAGUGCCUCGGAAGAUGAAGAUAAGGCUUAUAAUUCUGAUGCCAGCACUAGAACUCCAUCUGAUAACUCAAUCCCAUCUGAUUUAGACGGGUAUGACAGCCCAGGUCUGGAUUCACAACAAAAUGGUUCUUAUGAUGGGAAAGGGCUGGAAAAUGAUGAAAGAAGUUCCUUAAAAUCAAGUUUGUCAGGCACAACAAAAUUGCCAAUUGAGCAAAUCCUUAGAAGCUCAGCAAGGUAUAAGAAAGCCAAAAUUACAGCCUCUCAAUUGGAUGAAUCUGAAACCCCGGAAUUUGUUCCUGACAGCCUUGCUGAGAUGUAAUCACAAGUUUCAGCAUUGUGAUAUUUUUGUUCUCCUCUGUAGCUCUGAUGUAGGGUGUUCUUAGGCCAUCUACUUUUCACCUUUGCAAACGGUGCUGAUUUUCUUUUGAGACUGUUUACAGAUUAUGCUAUUUAUGUUGGAACCGGGUUUAUUAAUUAUGCCAUUGUGUCAUUAUUCCCAUAUAGAUAUAAAUAAAGUACAUUAAUCAAAGUUUUGUAGAAAAUUUGAAGUCAAUGCCAAACCAUUAUGUUCCGCAUCUA